AUGGCGGCGGAAAUCGAACCGCGACCGCAGGUUCGGAAGCCAUGUUUGCUGAGCAAAAUCGACGGCUUUCAGGACGUGGUGAGCGCCGCGGUCAUCAUCCCCAAAGAGGAUGGGGUCAUCAGCUUGUCUGAGGACAGGACAAUUAGGGUGUGGAUGAAGCGCGACAGCGGCCAGUAUUGGCCGAGCAUCUACCACACUAUGCCAUCCUCGUGCUCCUGCAUGACCUUCAACCCAGAGACUAGGCGUCUGUUGGUGGGCAUGGACACCGGAAGUGUUUGCGAGUUCAUCUUGUCGGAGGAUUACAAUAAGAUUACUCCCGCGCGCACCUACCAGGCACACCAGGGAAAAGUGACGGUGGUGUUGUAUGUUCUGGAGAUGGAGUGGCUACUGAGCACGGGUCAGGACAAAACCUUCACCUGGCACUGCUCAGAAAGCGGACAGCAGCUGGGAAUGUACCACACAUCUGCAUGGGUGUCUGGACUGCAAUUUGACGUUGAGACUCGACACGCUUUUGUUGGCGACCAGUCAGGUCAAGUGACCAUUCUGAAGGUGGAGCAGGACAGCUGUAGCUUAGUGACCACAUUCAAGGGACACACUGGUAGCGUGACUGUGUUGUGCUGGGACCCGGUCCAGAGGGUUCUGUUCUCAGGCAGCUCGGAUCACUCUAUCAUCAUGUGGGACAUCGGCGGGCGCAAAGGCACUGCCAUCGAAUUGCAAGGACACAAUGACAAGGUGCAAGGCUUAUGUUACGCCUCGCACACGCGCCAGCUCAUCUCGUGUAGCUCCGAUGGCGGCAUCGUCAUCUGGAACAUGGACGUGACGCGACAAGAAACUCCUGAGUGGCUCGACAGCGAUUCGUGUCAAAAAUGUGAACAGCCUUUUUUCUGGAACUUCAAGCAAAUGUGGGACAGCAAGAAAAUUGGCUUACGACAGCAUCACUGCAGGAAGUGCGGCCAGGCUCUGUGCGGAAAGUGCUCGUCCAAGCGCUCCACCAUCCCGCUAAUGGGCUUUGAGUUCGAAGUGCGCGUAUGCGACGGCUGCCACGCUUCCAUUACGGACGAAGAUCGUGCCCCCACGGCUACCUUCCAUGACAGCAAGCACGCCAUUGUGUACUUGCAUUACGAGCCUACCACCGGGUGCCUGCUCACUUCUGGCACUGACAAAGUGGUCAAGCUUUGGGACAUGACGCCUGUGGUUUCAUGA